CUGGAUCCUGCAUGAGGAAGAAUGACUGCUGAAAGUCGCCAACCCACCUGUUCCGGGACAGAAGUCUCCCUAGCAGGUCUGAGAAAAAUCAUUACCCUUUUCUUUUCACUAAUCCCCACCAGCUGUGUAGAAUAACCAAAAAAAUCAGCCCCUUGUACACAACAAUGGAAGAGUGCUGCCUGCCUGCUCACGAAGUGGAGAGACUCAGGAUACACAGAGAAAUAGAGAGACAAAUUCGUCGGGAUAAAAGAGAUUCUCACCGGGAGCUGAAGCUGCUGCUUUUAGGGACUGGUGAAAGUGGGAAGAGUACUUUCAUCAAACAGAUGAGGAUCAUCCAUGGCACCGGAUACAGUGAAGCUGACAGGAAAGGUUUCACCCGGCUGGUGUUUCAGAACAUCGUCACAGCCAUCCAGGCGCUGAUCCACGCCAUGCGGACUCUAGAGAUUGACUACAUCGAUGACCAGAACAUUAGCCACGCAGAGAAACUGAGCCAAGUGGACGCAGACCAGGUGUCCACUUUGGAGGCUUGGCAGGCAGACGCCAUUAAGCGAGUGUGGAAUGAUCACGGUGUUCAAAGGUGCUACGACCGCAGGAGGGAAUUCCAGUUAUCUGACUCUGCCAAAUAUUACCUGAGCGACAUGGACAGAAUCAAAGCCCCGUCAUACAUCCCCACCCUGCAGGACAUCUUGAGGGUCAGGGUCCCCACCACGGGCAUCAUAGAGUACCCCUUUGACCUUUCAAAGGUUAUCUUCAGGAUGGUGGAUGUGGGUGGUCAGCGUUCAGAGAGGAGGAAAUGGAUUCACUGUUUUGAGAAUGUCACCUCCAUCAUAUUUCUGGCGGCCCUCAGCGAGUACGAUCAAGUCCUUUACGAGAGUGAGAAUGAUAAUCGUCUGAGAGAGAGCCUCGCCUUGUUCAGGACCAUCCUCUCGUACAGCUGGUUCCAAGAGUCCUCCACCAUCCUCUUCCUGAACAAAACAGACUUGCUAGAGGACAAGAUUGCACAGUCUCAUUUGGCAACCUACUUCCCGGGCUACUCUGGGCCUGAGCGUGAUGCAGAAUCUGCGAGAAAGUUCAUCUUGCAAAUGUACAAGGAGCAGCACGGCGAGCGUCAUAAACCCCUGUACACACACUUCACCUGUGCGACAGACACGGAGAACAUCCGGGUUGUCUUCAAAGCCGUCAAAGACACACUCUUCGUCGAUAACCUUCAUAACUUCAACCUCGAAUAAGGAGGUUGUAGGACAAAGAGAUGGUUUCACGUUUAGGAACAAGACACCUGGUUAUACAGUCGCAUGUUGUAACACUUUAUGGACAUUUUAUCUGUUGUGUGCUGACGAUUGCAACUUGUUCAAAAACAUCAAAGAGAGGCAAUCAGACAGCAGUGUCAGGUAAGGCACAUUUAUCUCAGCACUGUAAAACACAGACAGUAUGUGCCAUUUCAUAAACACAGAACACAGUUCAUAAAAAAAUAUGUUCUAUUGCUACAGGAGAGAAACAACUGCAAUGUCAAUUAAUUAUUGUACUGAACUGUCCUAUUGUACCAAUACCGUUUGACAGACAUGAUAAAAUUGUAAAUGGUGUCAAACUGGUUGGACAAAGUCUUAUCUACUUACACUGCAACCCACCCUGCUUCACAGCUCUGGUAGGAGGAAAUAAAAGAAUAGCCUGCAGGGAACUACAGUGCCUUUGUUUAUAUUCAUCCUAAUGUCUUUAUGUGUGCAACAACAACCAUGUCACCUAUGAAACAAUUAUUAUUUUUUCCAAACUAAUCUAUACUAACUUUAAAAUAUAGACAUUAAAGCUACAUGUAAUAUGUGUUUUUAAACAAA